AUCGUUAGUAAGCUCAACUUUCCUUGCACUUAUAAAAAUUUUAUUUAAUGUUUAAUUUAACUGAGAGAGAAAGAGAAAAUUGGGUAAUUAUUUAGAACAACUAUCUUUACCUCCGAUUUUGAUGAAAAUAGGCUUAUUCGACGCGUUCUUGCAUAAAAUAAAAGAAUCUGGCCGAAAAAAAUGUUGCUCUGCCUCGCGAAGAAAGACAUUUAGCAUUAAAGUUAGUCACAUCCAAGGUUAAGGAAUCUGUCAUCUGAACGUAAUGCGAACUAGACUUGUACUGAGAUAUGUUCAACACACACUCAAUUAUUUUCUGCUAUAAUUUAGGUUUUUGAUUAAAGCAGAGAAUUUAUAUAUAUAAUUUCAAAUCUUCGCCUUAUUAAAUGGUUCAUCGUGCUUAUUCCUGAAAGGAAAUAAUGUGAUUUAAGAUUGGUGAGAAAUGACUUAUUGAUCGAUGUCAAAAAGACGUCGAAAUCGUCAAAUAGACGUCUUUUCGACGUCGAUCGAUAAGUCAUUUCUCACUGGGAAAUAAAUAUAAAUAAAAUGACAAAAUAAAUAUUUACUGCUAAAUUCUCUAUUUUAAUCUAAAACAAAAAUUCACAUAAAAUCUAAAUUAUAGCAGAAAAUAAUUGAGUGCGUUGUUGAACGCAUCUCAAUACAAGCCUAGUUCGUAUUACGUUCAGAUGACAGAUUCCUUAACCUCAGAUGUGACUAACUGUAACGCUAAAUAUCUCUCUUCGCGAGGUAGAGCGAUACUAUUUUCGGUCAGAUUCUUUUAUUUAUGCAAAAACGCGUCGAAUGAGUAUUUUCAUUAAAAUCGGAGUGUUUAGUAUUACAAUCUUUAGGAAACAUGCAUCUCCCUUUUGCGGAUGUUCCAGCAAAAUUCAUAAAUAAUUUAUUUCAAAAUAAGGAACCAUGGCAAAUAGUAACUAUGACUACAACUACUACUCUUGCUACAAUAUGGUUAUGGAACUUCAUUUUUCAGGAUGAAAGUCUCACGAUACGUGCAAAGAAACAAAUAUUCAAGCUAGCUCGUUAUAUCCCUGCCAUUCAAGAUAAAAUAAACAAGGAAUUAACAAAUGUUAAUGAAGCUUUUCAAAAAGAUGCGUUAAAUCGAUUGAAAGAUAUUCCAUUUACUGUAAAGCUUCCUGCAAAAGGAUUAAGGGAUGAAGAAAUAUUAAAUAUCGUAAAACAACAUGUUCAUAUAGGUAACUAUGAUUGGAAAGCAGGUCAAGUAUCAGGAACAGUUUACAGAAAUGAUGAUAAACUUGUAAAUCUCAUGGGAAAUAUAUAUGCUAUUGCAUCAUAUACAAAUCCAUUACAUCCAGACGUUUUUCCCGGUGUUUGUAAAAUGGAAGCAGAAGUAGUUAGAAUGGCCUGUAAUCUGUUUCAUGGAGAUCAUGAAACUUGUGGAACUAUGACUACAGGUGGUACAGAAUCAAUUUUAUUAGCUUGUAAAGCAUAUAGAGAUUAUGCUCGUGCAGUCAAAGGCAUAAAACAUCCAGAAAUAGUGAUGCCUGUUACUGCUCACUCAUCAUUUGACAAAGCUGCACAGUAUUUUAAUUUAAAAAUACGUUCUAUACCUGUCAAUGAUAAUAGUUAUACAGUCUGCAUUAAAUCUAUGAAAAAGGCAAUUACAAGAAAUACAAUAAUGUUAGUAGGAUCUGCACCAAAUUUUCCCUAUGGCACAAUGGAUAACAUUGAAGAAAUUUCUGAAUUAGGUAUGAAAUAUAACAUACCUGUUCAUGUAGAUGCCUGUUUGGGUGGCUUCCUAGCCUGUUUUAUGACUGAUGCUGGUUAUAAUUUCCCACCUUUUGAUUUUCGACUUCCUGGUGUGACCAGUAUAUCUGCCGACACUCAUAAGUACGGAUAUGCUCCGAAAGGAUCUUCAUUGAUUCUUUAUAGAAACAAGAAAUAUCGGCAUCAUCAAUAUUCAAUUAGCACAGACUGGCCUGGUGGUAUUUACGGUUCUCCAACCAUAAACGGAUCUCGAGCAGGAGGAAUUAUAGCCGCUUGCUGGGCCACGUUAAUACAUUUUGGAUAUGAUGCCUAUGUAGAGUCUACUAAGAGAAUAAUCGAAACUACUAAAUACAUCGAGAAUAAAUUGAGGAAACUGGAUGGAAUUUUUAUUUUUGGUACUCCAGCUACAUCUGUUAUUGCAUUAGGUUCAAAUCAAUUUAGUAUUUAUCGACUAUCGGAGGCUCUCAAUAUCAAAGGAUGGAAUUUGAAUACACUACAAUUUCCUUGCGGUAUACACAUAUGUAUUACUUAUGUACAUACUGCACCAGAUGUAGCUGAUCGCUUCUUACAAGACGUCGAGUAUGCAUUGACAGAAAUUUUGAAGGAUCCACAUAGUGAAGUGGAAGGAAAGCUUGCAAUGUAUGGAAUGAGUCAAAGCAUCCCAGACAGAACUGUGGUCAGUGAUUUUACGAGAUCCUUCUUAGAUGCCAUGUAUCAUACUGGUGAUAAUUAAAUAUACAUUUGCAGUUGACAUAAAAAUUAAUUUUAUACAUUAUGGAUAUAUUUUACAUAAUAGGUGAUGGAAUAUUUUAGAGAUAAUUAACCAGUUUUGAAGUAGAAAUAUUGUUCCAUGUUUACCAAAGUAUGAUUGUGUUUUCACAUAUACCCAAGAAAAAAUAUUCCCAAGAAAAAAUAUUCAUACAAAUUAUAUUAAGAGUCCUGGGUACACGUAUCAUCUAUAUCUUUUUAAUGACGUCAGAAACGAAAAACGCAUGCGAAGAAUUCUUGCGAAAUACGUUCACAUAAAACUAUAUGUCCAUAAAACAUUUGCGAUUAAGCACACUUCUAAAAUAUUCUUUAUAAAAUAUUUUGUCCUAACAAUAUAAAUUCUAAAAUAUUUUGUUCUAACAAUAAAUAUUCGUAAAAUUAAUAUGAAAGUAUAAUGAGGAAAUUAAGUUAAAAAUGAAAAUUAUGUCACAUUAAUUUUAUGAUUGUAUCCAUAUUAAUUUGAUAUGAAUACUCAGUAGCCUUAAAUUAUAUGUGAUUAUAUAUAAAAUAACCCAUACUUAUGAAUUUUGUCUAUAUGACUAUAUAGUAAACGUAAAAUUAGAUGUAAUUGUAAAAAAUGUGAUGUUGAAUAAACAGAAAAAAAUUUUUUAAUUGGCAUCAUUAUGACAUCAUUACGGCAUCAUCAUGACAUCACGCUAUAUAAACUGCUAUAAACAUAAGUAUUUACUUAAAUUAUAUUUAUAUAAAAUUUGUUCAUUGUGAAUAUAUAUAAUUAUGUAUUAUUAUAUAGUCAUAUAAUAACAAUAUUCAUAUAUAAUCGUACAUAAUUUUUUUUGGGUGUAACUUAAAGACUGAUCAUAUAUCUUGUGAUUACUAUAAAAGAAUGAUCGCACAUGAUUGUUUAGACUUUCAUAUAGAAAAUGAUACCAAAAGCCAAUAGACUGAGAGGGAAAUAGCAGAGAAAUUUAUUUUUGACAUAUAUUGUAAUACCAAAUUUAUAUGUGCAAAUAUUUAUCUAUAAAGAACAUAUUUAUCUGUAAAGAAAUUAUUUAUAAUAUAUAAAAAAGAAAAUGUGCAAAUGUGUUAAGUCUACUCUGAAAUAAAUAUUAUAUUUUAUUCUGAGAGAA